AUGGCCUGUGCGAAGUCAUCUUCUGACGCUGUGACAGGAGAGAAAUGUGAUACACAAGACUCCGAGCAGAGGCAUGUGAUUGACACAGGCUCAGGAGAGGAGGAAAAGCUCACAUGCGCGACGGGGGACCUAGAGAGGACGAGGGAGAUCCCGACUCUCCAGGAGCUGGAGGAGAUUUUGCAUUCGGCUCCGCGCUCCUGUCGCCAUGGAGACGAGGUGUGGCCUAACCUGUUCCUGGGAGACAUGUUUAUGUCUCAUGACAAAUUCGGACUCUACAGUCUCGGCAUCACUCACGUGCUGAACGCCGCGCACGGUAAGCUCUGCUGCAAGGGCAGCGACGAUUUCUAUGGGACCACAGUGAAAUACUACGGAGUCCCUGCCAAUGACCUGCCCACAUUUGACCUCUCACCUUAUUUCUACCCCGCUGCCGAGUUCAUUCACCAGGCUCUGACGUCAGGAGGGAAAGUUUUUGUGCACUGCGCUGUGGGUGUGAGCCGUUCAGCUGCCUUGGUCCUGGCCUACCUGAUGAUUCACCACCACCUCAGUCUUCUGUCCUCGAUACGCAUCUUGCAACAGAAGCGCUGGAUUUUCCCUAACAGAGGCUUCCUGAGACAGCUCAUAGGCCUGGACCGGAAACUGCAGGAGUCACAUUUGUCAAAAUAACACAAACCAAAUAA